CACUGCCUCUCUGAUAUCCUCUAAGCCCAGUCCAUCAUCGAAAAAUAAUAAGCCAUCCCUAUAUUCUGAUAAACAAAAUAUGGAAUCAAUUUCUCCUAAUUCCUUUGCCUUACUGGAUUCCUCUAACCUUUCCCCAACCAAUCAAAUUUUAGAAGAUAAAAUAAUACUAGGCAAUGAUGAGCAAUUUCUCGAAAAAAAAAAUCACCAAAAUCCCGGAAAUAUUUCCCCCAUUUCUCUUCCCCCUCACGCUACCCCUUCUUCUUCAAUUGCUCCUUCAAAAAACCUUGAAUGCCAUUUGGCAUCCAAUAACUCGGCUACUGUAAUGGAAUUGCAUGCAAACCCUUCAAAUUCCCCUAUAUUAUCUUCAAUCUCAGACAAUAUGAUCACUCAAUAAAACCUACACACUGAAAAACAAUCCAAAGAAAUCCCCAAAAAUGGAGAAGAGCAAGGCAAAAAUUCCACCCAUCCGACCACCGCGACGGACGGCGAGGAUAUCCAGGAGGCUGUCCUUUGCGCCGCCGCAGAACCCUCUCACUCCAUCGACCAGCCUAUCAUUAUCUCCACCCCCAAUUCCCCACCACCUCCCAAUCACUCCUGCUCAACCCCUUUCCAUGAGAAUGCCAUCACCCCUCUUCCACCACCCAACUCCAUCUCCCUCAUUCCCCACCCCGAGCCAAUUCCCGUUCAGGCCGACACUAUCACCGGCCGAAAUUUCGAAAAUUGUUUCAACUCCUCCAUCUCACCCGAUUCCCAACCAUUCGACUCCUCUGCUAUGGUCAUCGAUCGAGUCGCCUCCAACUCCGGCGAAGAUAGAGAUGAUGUACACACGUUGCUUCAAAUUACCAAAAUGAUGAAUUCUCAACUCCAUCAUCUCAAUCCUCUUUCUGUGAACCUUCCAUCUCCAUCGACCCCUCCUUCACAGCAGCCGCUAAUUCCAUGGUUCAAACAGCAGGUUCCAUGGCCAAGCUACCCUCAACACGACCUGAUUCCUCCACCCUCCAACCCCCAAAUAAUCAAUAUCACUUUGGGAAACAGCGAACAAGAUCUAGAAAGCCCCGAUCACCUUAUGAAAAUAUUCGUGAUCAGAAAAGGGAUAGUGGGGUUACAACUAGAAGUGAAUUUUUGGGAAACAAAGAACACGACAAGGGAGUUGGAUUCAAUGGUGAUACCACUGAAGAUGCACGACAUUGUAUCGAUGGAACGCACGAUGCAAUGGAAGGAGUGGGACAAAUUUGAUAUUUUGUUUUGCGGGGGUAAUCCUGUUCCAGAAUUUCCUGAUCUCAACAUGAAAAUAGUACUUUGGAAUGUAAGGGGGGCUAAUUGCUGCUCAUAAGACUAGUAUUUUCAUUAUCUUAGAGACUAAAAGUAAUGGCUUGCGUGCUGAAAAAGUGGCGAAAUUGCUUGGUUUUGAUGCCUUCCAAUUUAUCAAUCCUAAUGGACUUAGAGGUAGAAUCUGGUUAAUGUAUAAUAGGAAUGUAGAAUUGAUUGAUUAUGUUGAGGGUGAAACAAAAAAUUAUUUUCACGCUCUAUUUAAAUUCUCCCCGGAUAGUAGGGAGGUUUUACUAUCUGCGGUUCAUGCUCCCUCUUCUCCAGCUAAGCGUCACAAGCAUUGGAAUGACUUGCAAGCUACUCUUCCCCCGGAUGACACUCCAUGGUUAUUUUUGGGGGAUCUUAAUGAGGUGACCAAACCAUCUGAGAAGUCGGGUGGUCUGCGGUUUAGACAAACGCAGUGUUUAGAUUUGAACAAGCUUGCGGAGGCUGCUUGUUUGGUGGAUCUUGGCUUCUCAGGGAACCCCUUAACAUGGCAUAAUGCAAGGGAGGGCCUCGACCUUAUUCAAAAACGUUUGGACAGGGCAUUAGGGAACCCGAGCUGGCUAAAUACCUAUCCCAAUACUCAGGCUGCUAUUUUGGAUUCUCCUUCAUCUUCCACCUCUCAAAAUCCUAGACUAUGGGCUCCUCCUCAAAGGGGCCUCUUUAAACUAAACACUGAUGGCUCUUGGAUUAGUGUGGACAAUGCUGGUGGAGGGGGGUUAUCAGAAAUGAUAAGGGCAUCUGGGUUGCUGGUUUUGCAACUAGGUUCAAUGCACUUACUGCUGCCUCGGCCGAACUCAUGGCUAUAAGAGAUGGUCUUUUGCUUGCUUGGGAUAAGAAGAUCAAGGACUUGGAGCUAGAAACUGAUGCUGACAGCUUGAGCAAGAUGUUGAAGGAUCCAAAAUCUUUUGAAGACAGUGAUCUGGGCAAUAUUAUUAGAGACGUUGCUGCUCUUUUGGGAAGAAACUGGAAUGUCACUAUUUUUCAUGCAAAUAGGUGUGUCAACUAUGUUGCUGACAGGUUAGCCUUGAUGGGCAGAACCAAAUACAAGAUUGGUGAGAAGGUUCCUUUCAACUAUCCUCCCCCUGAGGUUUUCCAAACUUAUGCCAUGGAAAUUCCAGAAGGACAGAAUCCUUAGUCCUACAGCGUAGCUCUGCUCUCCUCUUGCUGCUAUUAACAACAACUCUGAUGCAGUUAUAUAUUACUAUUAUGUUCAUAUGUUCCUGCUUUUAGUCUUUAUUUUCUGUUUGGGGAUGAAUUUUGAUAACUCAGUUUGGUCUGUUAUACCAUCUGAUUAUCACCCUUCAGGUCUGCUGUUUUGCUUUCAGCACGAACCUAUCUUUUGUAAUGAUGAUUUUAAUCAUCAACUUUAUCCUAACUUAAUAUAAGCUGAUGCCCCCCUUUUUGUGUUAAAAAAAACUACUUCAUAG